GAGAGAGAGAGAGGCAACGGUUAAAAAGGCGCCGAUCGAAACGAAUACGCAUCCCUGGUUAAGCCGAUCGGAUCGGUCGCUUAUCGAUUAACCGCGAACUAUUUCCGAAGAGGCCAUUUCCAUGGUUCGUACCGUUUCGCAGUGAGGUGGUCAAGUUUAUUACAUAAACCAGGGUCGCGAGCACCGGCGGCGCAGGGGAAAGCAGAAUUAUUCUCGACAUUUCGCGAACCGGGCCACGUAACCCCUGGACGAGAGAGAUCACCCUCUCGGGGCACGCCGCGUGUCCUUCUUUCACACUCGCGUAGCGAACCCGCCGGCCGUUUAAUCGUUCGAGAGUCAUGCCAGCGAUGAAAAUAGAUCUCUCCAGUGAAACGUUCCGUCAUCGAUUCGCGUCGUAAGAGAGAGAGCCGCCGCGCCGCGUCGUGUCGCGCCGCACCGCGCCGCGUCGCGUCGCGCCGCGCUGCCGGGAGGGUUGCGUUGCGUCGCGUUUUCGUUCUGGCCGCGGCGUCACGGCGGUGCGCGCGAUAAAUUUAGAAGGUUAUCCCCGAUAUCCUCGAUGAAUUAGCGAUCGAACGCGCGCCUCUUCUUGUUCGCGGAUAAAACAGCCGGGGCGGCCCGCGCGGGGUGUGAUCGUAAACCGCUCGUCGACACCGCCAGGGGCUGUUGUGAUUUCUGCCGCACGGAUAACGGGAUCGAUGCCGUGAACACCGUCGUGGACGGGGACGGACCCGGAGGGAAAGAACACGGGGAAAAAACGAUCGCUCGCGGUCCGGCGCGUUCUUCCGCUUGAAUAUGCGGCGCUUUCACCACGGCCACGCGGACCCGUGCUCGUCUUGACUACGAAUCCUGGCUGAACGAAGGGAGUAGCGCCUCCACCGCUUAGAGAUGUCUUCGAUAUCGGCGCAGGGGGUCGUCGAAAGAGCCAGCGCCGAGUUAACCAAGAGAAUCAACGGUCUGGGGCUGAAAGCGUCCAAGCACCAUGGUGCGGGAAAGGCCAGCGUCAUGGACCGCGUUACGAACGUGUUCUGCGGCAGCGGCGGCGUGGCCUAUACGAAUCUGCAGAGCGCGAACAAUGCGAACGCAACCCCGGAAAAGCCGAGCAGGAGCGUGCCGACGUCGAUGAGCAACAGCACGCCGAUACAGGGCCGGAUAUCCAGGAACCGAUCGAAGAACGUGCCGUUGGCGAGCGGCGGCACAGGCGGCUACGUUCGACCGGUCACGUGGGAACAGCUGAUGCAGGACGACCAUUUCCUCGCCAAAUUCUUCCUCUACUUCAACGCGAUCGAGAGGAGAUCUUUGGCCCAGGUGUGCACAAGAUGGAGGGACAUACUGUACGCGCGUCCCCGACUUUGGGCAGGCUUGGUACCGGUCGUCAGAUGCCGAGAAGUGCGCACCAUGCUACCGAGCUCUCGUACCCGCCUCUACGCUUCCUUGGUCAGAAGAGGGUUCCGUUCGCUGGUACUUCUGGGCGCGGCCGACAAGGACAUCCCGCAACUGAUCCAUGGCUUUCCUCUAGCGCAACGAAACGUUCACUCAUUGUCCCUGAGAUGCUGCGCGGUCACCGACAAGGGCCUCGAGGCUCUUUUAGAUCAUUUGCAAGCGUUGUUCGAGCUUGAAUUAGCCGGCUGCAACGAGAUAACGGAAGCCGGCCUGUGGACCUGCUUGACACCUAGAAUAGUAUCGCUCUCUUUGUCGGAUUGCAUCAACGUGGCCGACGAAGCCGUCGGGGCUGUCGCUCAAUUGCUGCCGAGCCUCUACGAGUUCUCGUUGCAAGCAUACCACGUCACCGACGCCGCCCUUGGUUACUUCAACUCGAAACAGAGCAGCGCCCUCAGCAUCCUGAGGCUCCAAUCCUGCUGGGAGCUUACCAAUCACGGUGUACAUAACAUCGUGCAUUCCUUGCCGAAUCUGACAGUGUUGUCGCUGUCGGGGUGCAGCAAAGUAACGGACGACGGUGUCGAGCUGAUCGCGGAGAACUUGCCAAGACUUCGUUCCUUAGAUCUGAGUUGGUGCUCAAGGAUUACUGACGCAGCCUUAGAAUAUAUUGCCUGUGAUUUGAAUCACUUGGAGGAGCUUACGUUGGACAGAUGUGUGCACAUCACGGACAUUGGCGUGGGCUACAUCUCCACAAUGGUAUCACUGAGCGCACUGUUCUUGAGAUGGUGCUCGCAACUUAAAGACUUGAGUCUUCAGCACUUGUGCGGCAUGAAAUCCUUACAAGUACUCUCCUUGGCAGGCUGUCCAUUGCUCACGAGCGGCGAACUGUCCAGGCUGAUACAGCUGCGGCAUUUGCACGAGCUCGAACUAACCAACUGUCCAGGAACGUCUCAGGAAUUAUUCAACUAUUUACGUGAACACCUGCCGCGCUGCCUAAUCAUCGAGUAGACUCGUUCGCGACCGAUGAGAGGCAGGGAACGCCUCCUAGAAGAUUUUCUUCGCGUCUCAACGACACGCGCGAUUCCGCGUACGAGAAACACAGCACGGCGGAGUUUGUGUUCCUCAUACAGAACAAACAUAUGAAAAGGUGGAAACGAAUACGGAAAAAGAUCUGUGCGAGAGAAAAGACAAAUGUCUCACGUAAAGCAAUACUAUAGAAAGACAAUGGGCAAACGACGACUGAGAAAGGACCGCGUCACCGUGGGAAUAGAGAAAAGCAAUUGACGUCCAAACGCAAACUAAAUACACUGUGUUUUGUUUCUCUUGUGUAACGAUCUAUAAAUGAAACAAGAAAAAAAAGAGGAGAAAACGAGAAAGGCAAAAAAAAAAAAAUGAGAAACACUAGCCCUUAAACGUGUAAAGUAAACGAUGACGAUACUAAAUAGCGCAUAUAGGCAUUUUUAAUACACCGAAGCUCCUGUAUGAAUCGCACCCCUUCUGUUCACGCUAGACUCUGCGAUUGUGGCCGGUACACAGUGGACUGAAACAUGAAGAAACGCGAUUCCGAUGAAGAAGCGUUUGCUGGUCCUUUGUUGCAUACAUUAAGACCCCUGAACGGAACUAAACAUUGUUGUUCUUAAGCAAUAUUUUAUCUUUGACCGCUCGAGACUGUUUAAGAAUACGAGGUAAUAUUGUUGGGUCUCCUCCCAUCUUCGCAUCGAGAUACAAAUAGUCCAUAAAAUUUUUCAUUUUUCUAUAUGUAUCCCAAUUCUUUGACAUUUUUAUGCGACCAAUACUAGCACGAAAUUCAAUUCCAAGAGAGAUUUUGCCUCGGAGCUUUCAACAUAACUGUAACAGACAUACGUACUUGAAUCAAUUUACUUGUAAGAACGUUUUAAAGAUGAGAAUGAAUGUUCUCUCAAUAUUAAA